AUGCAUCCUCUAUCCAAGCCUAAGUCACCAGAUGAUAUUGACAAACUAAUCUCAGCUGAGAUUCCAGACAAGAUCAAGAGGCCAAAACUUUAUGGGGCAGUUGAAAAGUACAUGGUCCAUGGCCCGUGUGGCAGGUAUAAUAGUAAAAGCCCCUGCAUGUUGAACGGUCGGUGCUCAAAGUAUUAUCCCAAGCCCUUUAGAUCAAGGACAAUGAUUGAUGAUGGUGGGUUCCCCAAGUAUAAGAGGACGGAUAAUGGUCGGAUAGUCACAAAGAAUAAUACGGCCCUCGAUAAUUCAUAUAUUGUACCAUACAAUCCAUCACUACUACUGAAAUACGGUUGCCAUAUAAAUGUUGAGCACACCUGCCAAACGUCCGCAAUAAAGUAUUUGUUUAAGUACGUUCACAAGGGCAAUGAUCGGGUAACUGCUUCUUUCUACCAAACCAAUGUAGACGGUGAGUCUGAACAAGUGGUAGAUGAGAUACGCAACUAUUAUGAUUGUCGGUAUAUCUCAGCCUGUGAGGCAGCUUGGCGCAUUUUUGGGUAUGACAUCCAACAGAAGGAACCUUUGGUCAUCAGGCUUCCUUUUCAUUUGCCAAAUGAACACCCUGUUAUAUUCAGGGAUUACGAAAACAUUGUUGAUGUAAUAGAUAGGGUUGAUGGCAAGCUAACAAAGCUAUUGGCCUGGAUGCUUGCGAAUAGGUUGUUUCCUUAUGGUCGUACUCUUACAUACAGUCAAUUUCCUAACAAAUUUGUCUGGAAAGAUGACAUAUCCAUGUGGAUGCCAAGGAAACAAGGAUUCUCCAUUGGUAGGCUUUCGCAUGUUCCCCGCGGCAACGGCGAGGAUUAUUACCUGCGACUUUUGCUCAACAUACAAAAGGGAUGCCUCAGCUAUGUUCAUUUGCGCACAGUCAACGGGGUUGUGUAUGGUUCCUUCAAGGAAGCAUGCUAUGCAUUGGGGUUAUUGCAAGAUGAUAAGGAAUUCAUUGAUGCUAUAAUAGAAGCAAGCACGUGGGCCUCUGGAAACUACUUGCGUGACCUGUUCGUGGUGCUCUUACUAUCUAACAACGUUGUAAGACCCGAGGUUGUUUGGGAGCAGUGUUACCAUGUAUUGUCCGAGGAUAUCUUAUUCUGUCAUAGAAAAAAUAUGCAGUGUGCAGAUCUUGAACUUUCACCGGAACAAAUUAUGAACAUGACACUUGCGAAAAUUGAGGACAAGCUUCAGGGUAAUGGAAGAUCUCUUAAAGAGUUUGACAAGAUGCCUUACCCAAGUUCGGACGUUAUUGAUGGCUUAGAGGAUCGACUCCUACUAGAUGAGCUGAACUUUGAUGUCGAUGCCCUAACUAAGGAGCUUAACAACAACCUAUCUAAUAUGAACAUAGGUCAGAGAAAAGCAUUUGAUGUCAUCAUACAGGCAGUCAAUGGUAACGCCGGAGGAUUCUUCUUUGUUUAUGGUUGCGGUGGUACCGGUAAGACGUAUCUAUACAGGACUCUAUCAGCUGCAAUUCGAAGCAAAAGGGGCAUUGUACUGAAUGUUGCAUCCAGUGGGAUUGCUUCUUUAUUGCUUCCAAAUGGACGCACAGCUCAUUCAAGGUUUAAGAUACCGUUGGAGUUGACAGAGGACUCAGUAUGUUGCAUUAAGCAAGGUACAUCUUUGGCCAAGUUGAUAUGCAAAGCUAGACUUAUUAUAUGGGAUGAGGCACCAAUGCUCAACAAACUUUGCUACGAAGCACUCGACAAGUGCUUUCGUGACAUCCUGAGCUCAGAACCAUAUUAUAAUGCAGAAUUACCUUUUGGAGGUAAGGUCGUGGUACUAGGAGGUGACUUUAGACAGAUUCUUCCAGUCAUUCCAAUGGGCUCCCGUCAGGAUAUUGUUCAUUCAGCUAUCAAUGCUUCGUAUCUAUGGCAACACUGUACUGUUCUAACCCUGACAGUGAACAUGCGUUUAACUAUUGGACCAACAGAUAAAGCUGUGGAUGAUGUUACUGAGUUCUCAAAAUGGCUGUUGGAUAUUGGGGAUGGCUUGGUUGGGGAUUCUAUGGAUGGGGAGUCAGAGGUGCAUAUUCAUCAUGACAUAUUGAUACAUGAUUCAAUUCGUCCCUUUGAUGAUAUGGUUGAGUUUGUAUACCCUAACCUCUUGGCUAAUAUUACUCAGCCAUCGUACUUUAAACAUCGAUCCAUCCUUGGUCCUACAUUAGAGGUGGUCAAUGAGGUGAAUACGCUCAUAAUGGAUCGUUUGGAAGGGGAUAAAAAAUUUUAUUUAAGCUGUGAUAGUUUGUGUGUUGAGGAAGGAAACAUGGAGUCAGACUUGGACACAAUUACACCGGAUGUUCUUAAUGCUAUUAGCUGCUCUGGUUUGCCCCCACAUCAACUAACUCUAAAAGUAGGUGUGCCAGUCAUGCUAUUGCGCAAUAUUGACCAGUCCAACGGUCUAUGUAACGGGACAAGAUUACAAGUACGGAAACUAGGAAAUCAUGUCGUUGAGUGCAUGACGUUAACAGGAAACAAGGUUGGUCAGGUAGUCAUAAUACCGCGAAUGGAUAUGAUUCCUACCAACCAAGGUCUGCCGUUUAGGUUUCAGAGGAGACAAUUCCCAAUUAUUGUGUCCUUCGCAAUGACGAUUAAUAAGUCACAGGGACAAACUUUGACCACGGUUGGGUUGUACUUGCCAAGGCCAGUUUUUUCGCACGGCCAGCUGUAUGCUGCACUAUCAAGAGUAAAGUCAAAGAAUGGACUCAGAGUGUUAAUUCAGAAUAACAAAUGCAACGUGACCACUUCGACAAUCAAUGUGGUCUACAGGGAAAUAUUCGAGAAUAUCCACUAG